UUUGAGCCACUGAAGACAGACCGUGAGGGAGCAAUUCGAGAGUGCUGGAAACUGACACAUAAGAUGUUAACGACCCUUUAAAGACCCAUCUGCCUUGCUGCCCACUGCUCAACUUCGGGCCUCCAGGCCUGCUACCUGCUGGUCUUUUCGGAAGGAUGACCGAGUGUUCUAUUCACUGCCCGGAAUGUCUCCUCCCCUCGCCCAAGGCCACUGCCCGACUCCGGCCAGCUCCAACACCGCGUCCUUCUCGCGUGGCCAUACUCAUCGGCGCGCAGCUCCGCUGAGAGGGCUGACGCGCGCGCGCGGCCAGGCAGCUCCUGGGGGCAGACGCCAUCCAGCCUCCCCGGCGCCUGGUGACUACCCCAGAGCAGCCAUCUCUCUAGGAGACCCCCACGCUCCGGUCGGAGAGCGCGCGCCAGGGGUGACGGCCCCGCGCACACGUGGGCGCAGCCUGGAAGCCGCAGGGACCCUAGCACAUGGGGACGAGAGGGGACGUUCUGCAGGAAGACCUCGGUCGGGGGGUCUUGCUCUCCGCGCGCACCCCUCCCGGAGCCCCAGAGGGGGCAGGCGGGGACGAGCCUUGGCGGGGACGCGCGCUUCCAUCGCCACUACCGAGGUCCCCGCAGUGGCGCGGGGUGGCCGGAGGAGGGGCCGAGGGCGGGGCGGUCAUAGCCUCCGCCACUCCCGGGCCCCCCCGGUGGCGGAGCGCCGCCUUCCCGGCCGUCCUCCCCUACCGCACGCGCUCCACCCGCCCCGGAGCCUCGCCCUCCGCCACGAUGAGCAAAUGAGCGCGAGCGAGGGCAUGAAAUUUCAAUUCCAUUCUGGGGAGAAAGUGCUGUGCUUCGAGCCUGACCCCACCAAGGCGCGUGUGCUGUACGAUGCCAAGAUCGUCGAUGUUAUUGUCGGGAAAGACGAAAAGGGAAGAAAGAUUCCAGAAUAUCUGAUACAUUUUAAUGGUUGGAACAGAAGUUGGGAUAGAUGGGCAGCUGAAGAUCAUGUGCUUCGUGAUACAGAUGAAAAUCGGCGGUUACAGCGUAAAUUGGCCAAAAAAGCAGUAGCUCGCCUGAGAGGCGCAGGAAGAAAGAAGAGGCGCUGUCGGUUGCCUGGUGUAGACUCUGUCUUAAAAAGUGUGCCAAUUAAAGGAACAACUCAAAAUGACGAAAACUCAAUAAGCAGUACCUGCCAUGACAGCUGUGGAGAAAAGCAUGAAGAAAUAAAAGAACAUCGUCAACGCCGUUUUAAAGUAAAGACUAAAGUGAAAAAAAAAGGAUUGUCACUGCGCUCAAGAAAGGACAUGGACGAAAGAACAAUAACGAUAGAUAUCCCUGAAGUUCUUAAGAAGCAGCUUGAGGAUGAUUGUUAUUAUAUCAACAGGAGGAAACGGUUAGUGAAACUUCCAUGCCAGACCAACAUCAUAACUAUUUUGGAAUCCUAUGUGAAGCAUUUUGCUAUUAAUGCCGCCUUUUCAGCCAAUGAGAGACCUCGUCACCAUCAUGCCAUGAUGCAUGCGCACAUGAAUGUGCACUAUGUCCCAGCAGAAAAGAAUGUUGACCUUUGUAAGGAGAUGGUAGAUGGAUUACGAAUAACCUUUGAUUAUACUCUCCCAUUGGUUUUGCUCUACCCAUACGAACAAGCUCAAUAUAAAAAGGUUACAUCGUCUAAAUGCUUUCUUCCUAUUAAGGAAAGUACCACCACAACUAAUAGGAGCCAGGAGGAGCUGUCUCCUAGCCCACCUUUGUUGAAUCCAUCCACACCACAGUCCACAGAGAGUCAGCCACCUAGUGGUGAACCAGCCACCCCCAAGAGGCGCAAAGCUGAUCCAGAAGCCCUGCAGUCUCUAAGGCGGUCCACGCGCCACAGCACCAACUGUGACAGGCUGUCUGAGAGUAGCUCCUCACCUCAGCCGAAGCGCCGGCAGCAGGACACAUCUGGCAACAUGCCAAAGCUAUUUCUGCACUUGGAAAAGAAGACGCCUGUGCAUAGCAGAUCAUCUUCCCCCAUUCCUCUGACUCCAAGUAAGGAAGGGAGUGCUGUAUUUGCUGGCUUUGAAGGGAGAAGAACCAAUGAAAUAAAUGAGGUCCUGUCGUGGAAACUUGUGCCUGACAAUUAUCCACCAGGAGACCAGCCACCUCCCCCUUCAUAUAUUUAUGGUGCACAGCAUUUGCUGCGAUUAUUUGUAAAACUUCCAGAAAUCCUUGGGAAGAUGUCCUUCUCUGAGAAGAAUCUGAAGGCUUUACUGAAGCACUUUGAUCUCUUUCUGAGGUUUUUAGCAGAAUACCAUGAUGACUUCUUCCCGGAGUCAGCUUAUGUUGCUGCCUGUGAGGCACACUACAGUACCAAGAACCCCAGGGCAAUUUAUUAAAGUUUCAGUGGUUUUGGAAAAAUAGCUACACUUUGUGGCUUUAUAUUUUAGGUUCCAGGUGAAAUGUUAAUGAGAUGUGGACCUACCCUGGGGGUUCUCUGUCAGAGGAAGGCUCUGUUGUUUGAGUAGCUCAUGUACUGUUAUUUCUGUUAAAAAUUAUUUUCUGAGCUCUGCAUGGAUGUCCAUGCCUAUGGGGGGGGUCAGUUUAAUUAAUGAAGUAAUUAAUGAUUUUUGAAAUGUAAUGAUUACUUCCUGGGUGCCUGAACGUAUUCCAAAGCAACACUGCUGCACAAGCUGUGUGUGCUAGCAGGAUAAAAGCAGCCAUAGCUGUGUUCACAGGGAAACGUUCAUGAACGUAUACUAGGUUAAACAUUGUUCUGGUAGCCAUUGCAGUUGGUUGUUAGCAAGAGCCACAUUGUUUGAAUAUUUGUUAAUGUUAAACAAAAUGGUUUUGAAAACUGUUUUCUGUUCAACAGAUCUUAGUUUGUGCUUGGAAGCCACAAAGUACUAUGAAAGUAUUUUAGAGGAAAUUGAUAUUGAUGGCAAAGGAGAAUUUGCAGCUAUGUGUUGCUUGUAGCAGUUCCCUUUCUCAGAAACAUUAUUUUUGUUGCUCUAAAUAAAGUGUUGCCUGUCUUGUUUGAGAUUUUACAGCCAUACUCUGCUAUGUAAUGUUAUAGUUCCUUUUCUAUAAAAUGUUAUUUUGGGUGAUCUAAAUAAAGCUUUGCCAGUUUUGUUUGAAAGAAGCAAGAGAAGCUUUGCUCUGGCCUUCCCUGUUCUUUUUAUUGCAGGGCAACUGUGGGUAACCUUCCCUCACAACUUCUGUUUCCAUUUGUUUUCCCUUUGUACCUUUUUGUCCCUCCCUCUUUUGCUUUGGCCUCUCUUUGCAUUGUGACAAUUAGUGAUUAUGAGAAGUCACUGUGACUGUGUGCCAACUUGUGGCUGUUUGGGCCCUAAUGGGCCCAACAUAGAUUUAUGCUUCUUUAAGUUUACUAGCUGACAUGCUCUGCAGUCGUUCUUGGAACUCUCAUGUUACUCUCUCUUAUGCCUUCCCCCUCUAUGGUUUAGAGAGGUCUAAAUGACUGGAAAGGAUACUGAUGUCACGAAAUCAUUAAACAUAGCACUUGUCUUCUCUUAUGGCUCAGCUCAGUUGACUUUAAUUUCCAAAGGCCAUUGGUCAUGAAUAAAAGGAGCCACAAGGACUUUUAGUUACAAAUGGUUCCAUUAAAGUGCCUUGUGCAUCCCUAACUACUAAGAUUCACUACCUCCAGAUUGCCUGAGUGUAGACAUUUUCCUUUCUGCAUUUAGUUGCUAACACAGAUUCAGGUUUGUGGGGACUGAUUGGGCCAGCCUUCAAGGUCUUGAUAGAUGUGAUUGUUAAUCUUAAAUGUCAAUGUGAUGGCUUUAGAAUCACUGUGGAAACACACUUCUGGGUGUGUCUAUGAUACCAUUUCAGAAGAGUUUUAACUGAAGAGGAAAGACCCAUCUUGAAUACUACCAGCACCAUGCAAUGGACUGGGGUCUCAGAUGCAGUGAAAAGGGGCAAAGUAAGUGAGAUGCCGGCACUCAUUUCUUUCUGCUUCCUGACUACAUGCAUACAUGUGUAAUACAUAAGCAUUGCCAGUGGCUUCAUGUUCCUGCUGCCAUGCCUUCUCUGCCAUGAUGGACUGGACCAACAAACUGUGAGCCAAAAUAAACCCUUUUCUCUGGCACAUUGUCACAGCAAGCACAAAAGUAGCUGAUACAGAACAUUGGUAUUGAGAAGUGAGCCUGUUGUGUUAAUCCUGACCAUGUGGGUCAUAGGCAUUUGGAACAGGUUUGAAGCUAAGAGUUUGGAACUUUGAGCCAGAAAAGUCUUAGAGUGCUGUAAGCAGUUUAAUGGGCUAUUCUGGUGCUGUUUUCAAAAACUCAAAUGCCAAGACAAGCAUGGACAGUGGAGAUCUGCCUCAUAGGGUUUUGGAGAGGAAAAGAGACUUGAGAAUUGAGCUACAGGCCAGUUUUGUAAUGAUCUGGCAAAGAAGCCCAGUGUCAGUCCAUGACAUCAGUGCCGUGUGCUUGGAACUUGAGUGAGGCUAGAUUGUAAAGUAAUGGACUCAUUUGCUUGGUGGAAAAAAUCUGAGAAUAGGUUAGCAUUUGGACUCUGUCAUGUUUGCUGACUGCUGCUGUCAUCCAGGUCUCAAGUGAGGGAAAGCACAAAUGGGGCAAGAGAAGACAGAUGUGCCAGCUUGUUGGGGAAGGGAAUGAGUUUAUAGGUGCAACAAAGCAGAUUCAGAGAAAGCAACUGGACUAGUUAAAAACGUUUAGCAGCAUUAAGGAGAAACCUUGUGCUCUCUAUUAGACAUUAGGGAAGGUACUCUGAAAGCAAGAUGCCACCCAAUAAACACUCCAUUUUGUGAAAAUAUGAAUUCAUUUGAAAGGAGAAAGCCUAAACUAAGAAUAUUGCUGAAGGAUGUUUUGUUUUGUUUUGUUUUGUUUUUUUAACUUCUGGAAAGCAAUUAAACAGGAAAGCCUUUCCCCCUGAUCUAUAUAGAAGUGCCAGUAUACCCAUAUAUGGAGGCCAGGUCACAGCAGAACUUUGCAGUGUCAUCCACAUGGUACUGGCACACAGGUGGGAAAGAUGCAAGACUGAAGGUGUUAUAAAGACUUAUGAGUCCCAGGAGGCACCGAUACCAGGCGAUGUGUAGCAGAGUUGGGAGUCUCAGUAAGUGAGCCCUGAGAAGCCAUUAUGUGAAGAUGUGAAUGUGGAGUCUAAGCUUCAGUGUGGAGCGCAGGAUGGUGGAGGUGCCAGAACUGUGGGGCAUCACCGGAGGGAAGCUGCAAGCAUGGAGUGGAGACAGCCCAAGACAGAAGCUAUGUGUGCUGAGUGGCAGAGCUGGAGAGCUGGGAUUAACAAAGCCCUUUGAAACCCGUGUGAUUCCAUCAUGAGCUCCAGAUGCUGGACAUAGAGUUGCAGGAUUUGGUGUUCGCCCUGCUGGGUGUUGGUCUUUCUUUGGUCUCAUCUUUCCUUGUUGUUCUGCCCAUUCUUCCAUUUGGGAAUGGGGAUGUUUAUUCAUUGUCAUUGCAUAUUGAAACUUUGUAAGUUGUUGCUUUUCUAGAAGUUUACAAAUGAGAGAUUGCCUUGAGUCUCAGAUAAGACUUUGAACGGACCGUUAAACACUGCUGGGAAUGCUAAAGUCUGUGGCCACUUUUAGAAAAGGACUAAGUGCAUUUUGAAUUAUGAGAUGAAAAUGAGAGUUUAGGGGCCAGAGGUUGAAUGCUAUGAUGUUAGUGAUGUGUUUGGGUAUCAGGUUGGCCAGGGGUAGGUUAGCAAUGGUUAAUCUUGAUUGUCAACUUGGUUGGAUUCACAAUCACCCUGGAAACACACCUGUGGAUGUCUCUAUGAAGGUGCUUCCAAAGAAGUUGAACUGAAGAGGAAAGACCCACUGUAAAUGUGGGUGGCACCAUUCCGUGAGUUGGGGGUCUCAGACUGAAUAAAAAGGAGAGAGCAGAACACCAAAAUUCAUCUCUCUCCACUCCCUGACUGUGGACCUUGCUGCCAUGACUUCCCCCAUCAUGAUGGACUGUAUCCCUUCAAACUGUAAACCAAAAUAAACUCUUCCUUCCUUAA